UGCUGUUAUAUAACAUAAAUAACAUUUAUCAGACAGUUUAUCGUGUUAGUUAGUCAGCUGUAGACAAAGUUAGGUUAGUUUAGCCACCAAUUUACAUUUUACAAGCUAUGGAUCGACCAGCGAGGAAGUCAAAGGUUGUGAAUUACAGUGAAGACAAGGACUUUGAUGACGAUGAUGAUUUUUGUGUGAAGGCUCCUCCCAGCAAAAAGGUCAGAGAGGAUGUGAAACAACAGGAGCACAAGAAACCAUCAAGCAAGUCCUCAAGUCAAGAGUCUAGCUUUAGCUUACAGUCCUCACUGAGCCAGAAGAGCAGAAAACUGUUGGAUGAGAAGUUGCUUGACAGAGAUCUAGAAGCAGCCAUUACACUUUCCUCGCUCAAUAAUGCAGAUGGGAUAAAAGACCAGUCUCCCAUCAGUAAAGAGAUCAAUGUUCAACUUCUAGUCGAUGAAAACACAGACCUAUCUUCCCGGCACAUGUCCAACUGCAGUGUGGAUAUCUCACUUUUGGGCCUCGAUGAAAUCACACCAGAGAAGGAGUCACUCGCCCAAUCCAGACAGAGAGACGCUGCCUCUAAAGCCACUGAGGAGCUGAAGAAAAACCUUGAAGAUGAAGAUGACGACUAUCAGCCCAAACUGACACCAGAUUCAGAAAGUGAUGACGAUUUCAGUGAACCAGCUGAGAGCGAAGACGAGGAAUUCACAGUAAAGAAAGUCAGCAAAACAAAGAAGAAGGAGAAAGUUGCCAAACAUGAGAAGACCAAACAGCCCCCUGCUUCUAAAAAAGAAAAGCUACCAUCAAAGCCUUCAAAGCCUAAAUCACAGGCAGCAGCUUCCACACCGGUGAGAAGUCCUACGACAGCCAAAGUUGCAGCCAAAAGGCCUGCCUCAUCCACCACAGUGCCGAUGCCUAAAGCGACAGUCUCUCUGAGCCCAGCAGGGGGCAGAGUACCCAAGUGGAACCCACCAGGUCAAAUUGGUAAAAGUUCCACUUCUACGAGUCCAGCAGUGAAGUCUCCAGGUCAGGGUCUGCGGCUGGGACUGUCCCGUCGCAUUCGAGUCAAACCUCUUCACCCCAGCGUUGUAGGUCACUGACUGCCUGCCUGAGGAUGCCUUUGUGUGUGUCCUUUUAGAUUUCUCUUUUAUUUUACAAAGCUGAUUGUAAAUAUUUAUCUUUUUCUUAAUUUUUAUUACCACGAAUAUGACACGACUUCCAGGAUAUAUUUAUGACAUGAUACUGUCAGUGUUGUUAGGAUCUUCUUGUUACUUCGCCCUGCAGAUGGGGAAACUCAUAUUGUUAUCUUAGGUGUGUUUUGUUGACUCUAG